AUGAGUAAACAGCCCACCCCAGAGAAAACGUCGGCUCCGAGGCCGAAGAAGCGGAAUACCGCCGAUAGUGAGAGCACUGAUACUGCGUCUACGCGGUCAAAGAGGGGCAAAUACACUUCGGUGGCAUGCGAUGAUUGUAAGAAGAAGAAACUCAAGUGUAUACCGUCGCAGGAUAGUAGUUGCGAGAGGUGCAUUGCUGGUGGUUUGGCGUGUACCUUUGCUACCAGCACUCAGACUGUGAAGGAAAAGCCAGAAGAGAACCAGAAUAUACAAUCCCUUCACCAUGAGCUAUCACAACUACGACAACAGGUCUCCGAUUUAGUCGGUGUAGUAAGAGAACUCAAAGAUCAGACGCGAAAUGCAUCCGCUUCAACAGUAUCACCGCAAACGCGAGACAACAUCGUGACUCACUCACCAGCCAGUACUCGCGGAGAAAUCCCAAGGGAACCUCAGUUCGUCGGCCCCACAAGAUCAGCGUUUGGUAUUCUCGUCAGCGAACGGUCUCUAAACAGGAUGGGCGUGCCAAAGUUCGACUCCAUGCCGCCAAGCGGUGCCCAAUCACCUAUAGAAGAACCUACCAAUGGAGGACAUAUCACAGACCUGGAUUUCUGGGAUUGCUGUACUGACAGUGAUGUCACAAAGCAUCUUGUAAGCUUUCGAGAGGAAGUCGAGUCGGUGUAUCCUUUUAUAGACAUAGGCGAGUAUAUCGCUCUGUCGAAAGAGAUACUCCAGGCCAUUCAAGGCAAGGGGCUCCCGGAAGGGUCUUCUUCUCUGCUGUGUAGCAAUGAUAUAGCCCUUGCGAGAGUUGCAGUGGCUAUAGGCAUUCUGCUAGAAGACCCGAGUCGCAUCGAGUUGAGUAUCUCUUUGGUUGGUUCUGUUGAAACAACCGUGUCGAGCAUCCUCAGUCCACAGGUUGAUCUGAAAGAGGUACAACUACUCACAAUGCUGAGUAUCUUCUACUUCCAUGCCGGAGAGGACUUGUUGGCCUGGCGCACAAUCGGUAUAGCAGCCAGGGAAGCGCUAGAAAUGGGUCUUCAUCGAAAACGUAGUCUUUUGGAUAACUUCAAAGACUCUGACUCUCGAAGACUAGCGACUCGUGUGUUUUGGUGUGUCUACGUACUUGAUCGACGUUGGAGCUUUGGCACGAGUUUAUCUUUUGCUCUGGUCGACAAGGAUGUUGAUCCGGAGUUACCCAAGCCUGACGAGGAGUAUCUAUAUCUCCAGUGUAUGGUCGGCUACGGUCAACUGUGCUCCAAGAUCUGGGAGGCUAUACCACCUUUUGGAUCUGCAUCUCAAAGUAUACCAGAUGAUACCGCUGCGGCAUUGGAUCUCAAAACGCAAGAUUGGAUGGAAUCCAUUCCCGCCCAUCUCAGACUUCGUCAUCCACGUCUAGGUCUUGCACCGCGUGCCCAGCCACGACUACCACAUCGUUUACGCGCGCUGCUAUAUCUCCGAGGCAACUAUGCUCGUAUUCUGAUCUACCGUCACAAUUUGAUGAGCACGGUGAGUAUCGCUGCGAGCCCCCAGAAUGCAAGGCUGGUAGUAGAUAUCGCACAGGAUACAAUCCAAGUCCUGGUGCAUCUGCACGCCACGACAGAUAUCUACUCACGGCAGCAAAAUGUGUUCAACUAUUUCCUCCUCAGCGCUUUGGCAGUUCUAUUUCUAGCGGUUUGCCACGCCCCGGAUAUUUUCGCGGGGCCCUGUCGGAAGACGUUUUCUGAAGGAGUGGAACUUGUCAGGGGUCUUUCGCGGCAUAAUAUCGUAAGCAAAAGGCUUUGGAAGAGUAUCCGCGGGAUGAUUCCUCGGAUGAAGACGUUUGGGUUUUCGCAUACAAAUGGCGAGGAGUCUGAUUUGCCCAGGGAGGGCGCAGACACCGGAGUUGAGGAAGGUCAAGUCACAGAGGUAACGGCUUUGGAACACACGGUGCCGAUGCCAGAUGUAGAUGAUGACUUUUCGUUUGGCGACAUGAUGCUGCCGGAGGAUCUGGCUAGUUCUGUUCCGGAUAUGUUUCAGAUGAGGAAUGAUCUACUGGAUCUAUUUGAUGCAUUUGGACAAGGACAGCAGUUUUUGAAUCCCGUGCCGGGGACUUUUGGCGAAGAUGAUUGUUUGAGAGCUGCGGAGCAGGGGAAGGAUAUUUCCAUGAGAUUUCAAGGUUUAAUAUGA